AUACUCCCGCAGGCUCAAUCCUAUAGAUACAUAUGUUUGUCUCUGUUUAGUGUAGCUUCUUUGUUUCAUCGAGUUUUAACUCGCAACGAUUCUAAAGAAGUUUUACUUCAAAAGAAAAAAGAACUUUAACUACCGACAGAGUUGAUAUUUAUUUGGCCAACUAUAACGCACCAGGAAGCCACACUGGUCUAACGAUCAAUUAAACGUUCAAAGUAACAAGCCAAUUAUUUCUAUGGCAUUGCCAAUGCGUUACGAUAUACAGUCAUUAGACGGUCGCUGCUUGUACACGGUUCCGCCAUGUGGUUAAGUAUACUAAGUAUACAUAGUUUCUUUUUCGCGCUAUGGAUGACACAGAGAGUGGGAUCCCAUUCGCACCACAACAACAUGUCCGCACACGAGUUUACGACAUCGCCGGACGAGGUGGGGCCGAUGCUACCGGACGAUGGAUUCCAGACCUCCACCGUUAUCGCCGGCCUCAUGCCGGACUCCUUCGGUGAAAUGUUCAAUUUCCUCGAUGGCGACAGCUUCGGCAUAGGUCCGAUGCACGAGUUUGUGUACGGGUGGCAGGCGAUCGUGAACACCAUGAGCAUGAAGAACAACGUGGAGGUGCGGAAACGCGCUGGAUUGCAGCGGUUCGCGCUGGCUGGCAUCAACGGGAUCACUCUGGUGUCGCACAUCGGUGUCACCGAGAUCAUGAUCAACGGCACGCGCUCCUACUGCUUCGGUGGCGUCUCGCGUCCGCCGGGCCGACGCAGCGUUAUCUGCAAGGGCGCGAUGUACCAGGAGGGCCGAUUCUCGUGCAGGGUUCCUUACCUGCGCUUCCCGACCUCGCUAGGCUACCGGUACUGCAUCGAUAAGUACGCCGCAGUGAACUCGCUCGACGGCACCUACAAGACGACGUACUGCGCUCGCGGCGAUUCGGUACCCAAGUUCCAUUACGACUACAUCUGCGAGCGGCGCGACGUCAAAAUCAAGCGGAUCAACCUCACUGACCCUAACGAGAGGUUCAACGUUCGCAACCCGGUCGUGCGCCGCGCAGAGUACUACAGGGCACCCUACGACAUCCUCAAGGCCUGUCCAGACUGGUACGGCUGCAACCUGCUCAUAUCGUCCGAAUCGAAGCACCAGGAAAACCUCGUCCCCCUGAUCGAUGCCAACGAGACAGCCUUCGUGGGACACGGCGGGAAAUAUUGGCUCGCCCUCUACUACACACAGCUAUCAACGUACGCGAUAUACUUCCAAGCCCACGGCGAGUACCCGUGGCAGUCCAACCGGCCUAUCGUCUCGAUCGACAAGGGCGGCAUCUGGGAGCAACUGCUGAAAGCCAACAUCGGCCCGGACAUGAACCUGCACUACAACUUAAACGGCAUCUACAACCGCUACCCCGGCGGCAAUGUCGCGCCCGACAUCAUGAGGAACGAUGGCCAGGUGCAGCCGGCCAACUUCCGCACGGAGAACCGCGAUGUGCCAUCAGACGUGAUCGUCGACAACGGGGAACAUGUCGUCGGCGGACCUGGAGGUGGUGCUCAGACCGGCGGUAUGGGGUACAAGUUCAUACACGACAGCCAAAUACAAGCCAGCUUCGACCACGGAAAGAAUGUCUAGCUUUGCCUCAUGUAUAUUAAUCAAAAAGAAAAUAAGUUACGGAC